AUGACUCAUGGUAUAAUGAUUACUAAUUUAGUACUUUAUUUAGGAGUAGGAGAUUUUGCUUUAUAAAUGUAAACAAUAAUGAAUGAGAAUUAGAAGUAAUUAGUUUAAUGGUUAUUUAGAUUAUAAAGAAUAGUGUUCCCAUAAAAUAAAUAUUCUAGAGAUCCAUCUAAAACAUCAAAAAAAGGAGAACAAGAGUUAUGUUUUAUAAGUGUUAUUUGUUGUGAAUAAAACACUUUUUUAAUAGAUAGUACUGUUGUUUAAUAAAGUAGCUUAAUAUGAUCUUUGGGGAUUUGGAAAUUCUUAAUUUGCAUAAUUAGGUUUAUAAUAGGCUUCUGUUAAUAUGCCUAUAAACAUUUCAUAAAUAACUUAAAAUUCUUAUAAAUUAGUUAAUGCUGGAACUGGUUAUGUAGUUUCAUAUUCAACAAAUAAAAAGUUAUAUGUUUGGGGAAAUUGGCACUAAUUAAAUUAUGGUGAAGUUUUAAAGCUUUCAGAGAAAUAAGGUUUCACAGAAUAAAUUGACACAUUUUAUUAGAUAAGUAGUUUAGAUAUUACUUAUAAUUUUUCUAUCAAUAGAUACAAUGAAUAAGAAAGAAGAUCUAGUCAUAUGCCUGUACAUUAAGCUGAAAUUAUAGCUUUAAAAUGUGUAGGUACAAAAACUUAUCUUUUAACUCCAAGUAAAUUAUUUUGUUUGGGAUUACAAUAACAAUUUGUAGUUUAAUUUAUAGGUAUAGCUUGUAGUUAAAAACAUAUAUUGGCUUGGGAUAAUUAAGGUAAAGUAUGGAGUUGGGGAGAAUAUGCAGAUGGAAAGUUAGGUUAUAUGGAUUUUAUCUAAAAAGAACAAUUAAGUCCAAAAUUAAUUGAAGAUUUCUAAACAACAAUAAUGUCUUGUGUUUGUGGUUCUAAUUAUAGUAUAGCACUUGAUGUAAAAGGAGAUAUUUAUGGAUGGGGUAAAGGUCCAUUUUAGAUAGAUUUAUCAUAAGCUGUUAUACCAUAAAAACUUUGUUAAAAAUAAAAACCAUUCAUUAAAAUUAUGGCAGGUGAUUCUCAUUUUGGGGCAUUGGAUUUAUCAGGAUAAUUAUAUGGAUGGGGAAUAAAUAUUAAAAAUUGUUUAGGAGAUUUAGGUGAUAAAAUUAGGUAUCCUUAAUUAUUAGAAUUAAAGAAUAUUAAAGUAAUUGAUGCUGCUAUGGGUAGUACAUCUACUGUUCUUAUUGUUCCAUCUAAUUCAAAAUACAAAUUACCAAGUUUAAAUGUUGAUUCUUAUACUUCACAUUAAUAAAAAAGAGUUAGAGAAGAAGCUGCCUUUAUUAAAGAUUUUGCUGAUAAAAAGAAUAAAAUUGAUUAAAUAUAGAUAUAAACUUAGAAUUAAUAAUUUUGUAAUACUUUAGAAUCACCAUCUAAUAAUAAUUAAUAUGAAUAAACAGCUGGUUUAUUAAGGAAGAUGAAAAGCUAAGUUGAUUCACUUAAAGGAGUUUCAAAAAAUAAAUGGAAUACAAAAUCAUUAAGAUUAGAUACUGACAUAAUUAAUUAUAAUAAUAAUCAUGUAAAUUAAGAUUAUGAUAAUGUGUAAUCCAAAUUAAAAUAAUUAGAAUAUCAAAAUUAUCUUUAUAUUCCUGUGUGUAAUACUUCUACUCCAAAAUCAUUAUAAAAUUGGGAAUAACGUUAAGAUACAGAUUAAUUUUUAACUUAUGAAAAUGAUGUAUUAAAAUAUUAAUAUAUUCUAAUGGUUAAGUCUUAAGAUGAAUCUAAAUUUAUGAAAACAUUAUUAAAUGAUAAUAAUAAAUAAUCAAUAGAAAAUCAAAAUAAUUUAUUAAUUAACUCUAAGAUUUGCAAAAGAAAAAGUGAUGAUCUAAAUGAUAAAAAGAAAUAUCAUGAUAAAUUUGAUUAAUUUGAUCCUUAUUUUCUUCAUAAUGUUAAAAGAGAUUUAAAAUUAUUAUCAUAAAAGAGGAAACAAAUCUUUUUAAAAAAACAAAAAUAAAGAGAAGAAUUUAAUAGGGAAGUGGCUGAGAAAAUGCAAUUAACAAAAGUUCCCAUAUAAAAUAAAGAAGAUAUUAUGAAGGCUAUUCAAACAUAAGCAUAUGAAAGAGAUAUAAAAUUAAGAAUUGUUCAAUAAAAAAAAUAAGAUAACUUUAUAGAGAAGAUUCAUCAUAUUCAAUAAUAAAUUCAAGAAAAAUCUCCAGAAUUUAGAUAUAAAAAAAGAUUAGAAAUUAUAAGAUAAUAAUAAAAUAUGUAAUUUUUUAGAAUAAUAUUAACUUAUUUGAAUAUUGAAAAUAUUUAAUAAAUGAUGUAAGAUACAUCUUAAAGAGGUUUAGAAUUGAAAAGAUUAAUGUUUAAAGAGCACAUGAAAGCUAGAGUCAUACAAAAUACUAUUAGAAAAAGAAAUAUCAUAAAAAAAAUUAAACAGAAAUUAGGUUUAAGAUAAAAGAAGAUUCUAUUAUCAUUUAUAUUUAGAUUCAAAAUUCAUUUUAGAAUUAAAUCUAAAUAUACAUAUAUUAGAAAAAUAAAUUUAUUUCAUCUAAAAACUUCUUUAUUUAACAAAUUUAGAAUCAAUUUAAAAACUAUUAUUACUAAAACUUAAACAAUUUAAAGUUUUUGUAAAUGGUAUAAUCAUAACUUUUAUGUUCAAUUAAGUUAUCUAAAUUAUAAAUGGGAUGAAUAUUUAAAAUAAAGCUUUAAAGGUUAAAUGACUGAAAAGGAAAAAGAAGAAUUAAAAUUAUAUGAAUUACCUGAUCUUAUGGAAAAAUAAUAACAUCUUUUGUAGAAAUUAAUUACUCCAUAAAAAUAAUUAAAUUGGAAUGAUUUAAAAUUAAAAAUAAAACCAGUAUGUAAAUCUUCAGAAUUAAGAACAAAUUUAUUAAAAAAAGUUAAAACAAUUGUAUAAAUAGAUGAAGAAAUUAAAGAUAUAGAUCCUAAAAUACUUGGAAGAGUUUUACUUCCUUACACUAGAUAUAAUGAUAAUAUAGCUCUUAGUGUAGCAGCUAAAAUAAGAUUUGACCAUCAAAUGAUGAUAUAAUUGUAGGUUCAUGAAAAAGUAUAUAUGGAAGAAUUAAUAGUCAAAUAUGAAAUUCUUAAAGAACACCUUGAAAAAAUCAGAAGAGAAUUCACUAGAUAAAUGAGAGAUGUAAUCUAUCUAUUUAUUAAUUAAGUUUUAUACAAAAUUAAAUGACUAUAAAGAAACUCAUAAGCAAUAAAUAAAUACAGAUAGAGGAAAAUUAAUGAUUAGAUUUAAAGCUGAUGGUCCUGAAAUUAAAUAAUUAAAGGCAAAAGAUGAUUAAGAACUUAAAUAAAUUUUACAAAAAAGAGAAUAAUCAAGAAAAAGAAAUGGAUAAAAUAUUAUAAUUUUUAAAGAGAUUAUUUUUAAUAAAAUUCGUCAAUUACCAUAAGAUUAAUAACCAUUUCCUAAUUUAAUACUUAAAUUAACAGAGAAUAUGUGUUCUGAUACAAAACCAAAAUUUAAGUUAAGAUUACAUUAAAGUGAAUGGUCAAGACUAUUUAAUUAAUACUAAUCUGAACUCAAACAAAGAUAUUUGGCAAUUAUGAAUGAAGCAAGAAAAACUAUAACAUUUAGAAAGAAAAAUUAAAAAUAAAAUAAAUUGAUUAAAAAUAAACGAAUUUAAAAGGCAGAAUAAUGA